UGAGACAGAAUUCCUGUUACUUCUCAGAAGACGUAGACAAAUUAUUCAUCCUUGUCUCUAGCUUCUCCCUAGAACCUAUCCUUACUCUGACCUCCUUGGGACUAUUGUCUCUAGUUAACCCUGAUGAAACACUCAAAAGCUCUGCCCAAGAGGACUGACCAAUAGGAAAGGAAAGUGGUGAAUUUCGGGAAAGUGACUAGGAAGUUAGUUUUUGUUGUUUCUUUUCUUAUUAAACAGCCUCACCCUGGGAGGAGGCAGUGAGAUUAUAAGUAGUCGAGAAGUAAAAGCAGGAAAACAAAGCCCAAACAAUCCAAGCAGGAUCUGCAAAGGAGAGAUGGUUUGCUAUCUAGAAGCCUACUGGCAUAUAAGAUUUCAGAGGACGAUAUUUGGCACUGCCUUGAUUUCUGCUCUGAUUUCUCAGGUACAAGUGGAAAGCUGGACAUACCAUUACAGUGAUCAGAAAGCAUAUUCAUGGAAUGCUUCUCGAAAAUUUUGUAAGACUUUUUAUACAGACUUAGUGGCCAUUCAGAACCAAAAUGAAAUUGCAUACCUCAAUAAUUUUUUGCCCUACUACCCUCAUUAUUACUGGAUUGGGAUCCGGAAAAUCAAUAAUAUUUGGACCUGGGUGGGGACCAACCGGACCCUCACCAAAGAGGCUGAGAACUGGGCAGAAAAUGAACCCAACAACAAGAGGAAUGACCAGGACUGUGUGGAAAUCUACAUCAAGAGUCCUUCUUCCCCUGGGAAGUGGAAUGAUGAACCAUGUAUGAAAAGAAAAAGGGCAUUGUGCUACCAGGCCUCCUGUAAACCUUCAUCCUGCAAUCAGCAUGGAGAGUGUAUUGAAACUAUUGGGAACUACACCUGCUCCUGCUUCCCAGGAUUUUAUGGACAGGAAUGCGAAUACGUUAUACAAUGUAAAGAACUUGACUACUUCCCGAGCAAUAUGCUCAUGACCUGCAACCAUCCUCUGGGAAAGUUCUCCUACCAAUCCAAAUGUAACUUCUACUGCAUGGAAGGAUAUAGACUGAAAGGGGCUGACCUACUGCAGUGUUCAUCUUCUGGGGAAUGGACAGAUGAAGUCCCGGAGUGCUCAGUCAUUGGGUGCCCAGCCUUGAAGAGUCCUGAACGGGGGAAGAUGAUCUGCCCUUAUUCUUCAAUGGAAAACUAUCGCCAGUCCAGAUGUAGUUUCAGCUGUGAAGAGGGAUUUACACUAAAAGGGGUAGAAGUGAUUUGGUGUACAGUGUUUGGAGUCUGGACAGCCCCUGUGCCACGCUGUGAAGCUGUUCAGUGCCCGAACCUGAAUGCCCCUGAUGGAGGUGUCAUGAACUGUAUACACUCACAUGCUCCCUUUGCAUAUGAGUCCACCUGCGAAUUCUCUUGUCAACCCACUUAUAGGAUGAGUGGCCUAGAGACACUCCAGUGCUUGGCAUCUGGCCAGUGGACAUCACCAACGCCUAUCUGUCAUGCCAUCACCUGUGAUCCGCUGGAGGUUCCUGCCCACGGAAGCUUUAACUGCUCCUCGUACCCAAUACAAUUUCAGCUCAACUCCGAAUGUUCAUUCCAGUGUGACAAAGGGUUCGUGCUAAAAGGAGCAGAGAUCACCAAGUGUGACCUGUCUGGAAUUUGGACAGAAUCAGUCCCAGUUUGCCAUGCUAAGCAAUGCCAGGAUUUGAGGGCUCCCAUCAAAGGACAUUUGAGCUGCUCUCACCCUUUUGGAGACUUCAUGUACCAGUCAUCCUGUACCUUAACAUGUGAUGAAGGGUUUGUCCCAAGUGAGUCUGAAGAGCUGCGUUGUUUGGAUACUGGAGAGUGGAGCUCUCUACCACUACUAUGUGAAGCUAUUACAUGCAAACCUUUAUUGGCACCACAGCAAGGAACAAUGACGUGUGAUCAUCCUUUUGAAAAUUACAGCUACGAAUCAACUUGCCAGUUUAGCUGUAAUGAGGGAUUUUCUUUAGUGGGACCAGACAAGGUGAAAUGUACUACUUCUGGACACUGGACAGCUCAUACACCAACAUGUCAAGCAAUCAAAUGUCCACCAUUAGUUGCCCCACAUCAGGGGGCAUUCCAUUGCUCCGGGGAAAAUGGAAAUAUGAGUUAUAAUUCUACUUGUGACUUUUCCUGCAAAAGUGGUCUUAUGAUAAUAGGAUCCCAUAUACUCAAGUGUACAGCUUCAGGAUCCUGGACCUCACUUGCUCCAUCCUGUAAAGCCAUCAGGUGCCCAGUAUUAGAUGACCCAAAGUGGGGAAACAUGGAGUGUUCCUACAAUGAGAGAGACUCCAGGGAUAGCACUAUCUGUCAUUUUACCUGUGAUGAAGGCUUUGUACUGAAAGGAUCUGACAGCGUGCAAUGCUCAACUUAUGGUAAUUGGACAGCACCUCCUCCAACUUGUGAAGUUGUCAAAUGCCCAGAAUUGAUUCUUCCUAAACCAAUGCUGAUGAAUUGCUCUCACCCGUGGGGGAAUUUCAGUUAUGAGUCCACGUGUAUCUUCUAUUGCCCCACAGAUCAAAUGUUAAAUGGCUCCCCAGAAAUAAAGUGCCAAGCAGAAGGCAAAUGGUCAAAAAAGAUGCCAACCUGCCAAGGGAACCCCUUGUCCAUUCAGGAAGCACUGACUUACUUUGGAGGAGCAGUUGCAUCUGUAACAAGUCUUGUGAUAGGUGGUUCAAUCCUGGUUAUUCUAAGGAAACGUUUCAGACAAAAAGAGGAUGGAAAAAGACCCCUGAACCCUCAAAGCCUCAUGGGAACACCUGGAGUUUUCACCAAUGUGGCUUUUGACUCAAUUCAUUAAGACCCGCUUCUCCACAGCAGCAGCAGCAGCAGCAUCUUUCUCAGGAGCCUCUUUCUGAAUACGCCCAUUCCUGCCAGACUUGACUUUUGCUGCAGCUUACCAUGUGCAGUGUUCUGUAAAUAUCUGUAAAUAAAAGAUAUUGGUUUCCUCUAGGUUUCCUCUGCUGCUAGUUCAGUAGGGUUGCAAUUCUUCUGAGUGUGCCACCUACCACUUCUGUCUGACCUAUCCAUUAUCCUUCUCCACCAUAAAACAGCCAUAGCCAGGACCAGAAGUUUCCAAAGGAGCUGUGAAGAAUUGUUUCCCCCACUCCAGGCAUUGCCACUUGAAUUAUCAGUGCUGUCCAAUAGGAUUGGGAACUGGUAGCAGUUGGAAAAAUCCGACCACAGUAGCCACCAUAUGUUGGAGUGAGAAAAAUGAAAGAGCCAAGGAAUCAUCUUUAGAAGGAAAGAGGAAGUUCCAGCCUUGGAGAUGCAGCUUGCACACAUAACACUCUUCUGUCUCCACCGGAUCCUACUUAGGAGAGGCUUCUCUGACACCUGAUGUUGAGACCUCUAAGUGGUGCCAGAUGAUGGAAGAAGAUAAAGAAUUAAGAGAAAAUCCAUAAAGUUGGCCAACUCUUCACUAACAUUCCGAUCUCCUUUUCUCCAUGCCAGACCCACCAAGGAUCAAAAUUCAAAUACCACAUUAAAAAGAAAAAGAUUCUACAAAUCCUAUAACCUUCUGGUUUCUUUAAUGAUGCACAGUCUACACAUAUCCCUGGAUUUGUUGUUAAAGUUACUAUUUGAGUGUAGCACUAUCAAUUUGCAAUGGCUCCUUAAUCAAUCUAUUAAGUAUUUAUUACAUACCUACUCUUGGAUAGCUAAGCGAAUAGAGCACUGGGCCUAGAGACAGGAAGAAUUGAGUUUGAAUCUGUCCUCAGAUACUUAGGACAUGAUCCUGGGCAAGUCAUUCUACUUCAUUUGCCUCAGUUUCCUCAUCUGUAAAGGAGCCAGAGAAGGAAAUGACAAACUACUUCAGUAUCUUUGUCAAGAAAACUCCAAAUACAAGGGACACGAAUAGGCAGUUUUUAGAUAAAGAAAUCAAAACUAUCCAUAAGCACAUGAAAAAAUGUUCUAAGUCUCAUAAUUAGAGAAAUGCAAAUCAAAACAACUCUGAGGUACCAUCUCACAUCUAGCAGAUUGGCCAAUAUGACAAUAAAGGAAAAUAAUAAAUUUUGGAGGGGAUGUGGCAAAAUCGGGACACUAAUGCACUGCUGGUGGAGUUGUGAACUGGUCCAACCAUUUUGGAAGGCAAUUUGAAAUUUUUCCCAAAGGUUUUUAAAAGACUGCCUGCCCUUUGAUCUAGCCAUACCACUACUGGGUUUGUACCCUAAAGAGAUAAUAGGGGGAAAUAUGUGCACAAAAAUAUUCACAGCCAUACUCUUUGUGCUGGCCCCAAAAUUGGAAAAUCGGGGGGGGGGUGUUCAUCAAUUGGAGAAUGACUGAACAAAUUGUGGUAUCUGAUGGUGAUCAAAUACUAUUGUGCUGAAAGGAAUAAUGAACUGGAGGAAUUCCAUGUAAACUGGAAAGACCUCCAGGAAUUGAUGCAGAGCAAAAGGAACAGAACCAGGAGAACAUUAUACACAGAGACUGAUACACUGUGGUACAAUCAAAUGUAAUGGACUUUUCUACUAGCAGCAAUGCAAUGACUCAGGACAAUCCAGAGGGAUUUAUGAGAAAGAAUGCUGUCCACAUCCAAAGAAAGAAAUGCAGAAGAAAAACUCAUGAUUGAUCACACAGUUCAAUGGGGAUAUGAUUAGGGUUUUAAUAUUAAAAGAUGACUCUACUGCAAAUAUGAAUAACAUGGAAAUAGAUUUUGAACAAGGAUACAUGUAUAACUCAGUGGAACUGCUUGUCAGCUCUGGGAGGGGGGAGGAAGGUGAGGGUAUCAUGAAUCAUGUAACUAUGGGAAAAUAUUAUAAAAAAUGAAUUGUUUUAAAUAAAUAAAUAAAAGAAAACCCCAAAUGGA